AUUGUAAAGAGACUUAUUAAAGGGAUUGUAAAGAGACUUAUUAAAGAGAUUGUAAAGAGACUUAUUAAAGGGAUUGUAAAGAGACUUAUUAAAGAGAUUGUAAAGAGACUUAUUAAAGAGAUUGUAAAGAGACUUAUUAAAGGGAUUGUAAAGAGACUUAUUAGAGGAGUUGUAAAGAGACUUAUUAAAGAGAUUGUAAAGAGACUUAUUAAAGGGAUUGUAAAGAGACUUAUUGAAGAGAUUGUAAAGAGACUUAUUAAAGGAAUUGUAAAGAGGUUUUCUGUGUAUCAAGAACCCUGA